AUGCUCUCCCUCGGCAAACCCCUCCAGAUUGAGACCUGCAAUGAUAGCAUCACCAGCUACAUGCAGGACACGUCACCCAUCACAAGACGUGCCUGGGUCGACGUAAUCUUCCAAGAGAUGACACUCAUUCAUCCCAUCUACAUCUGCGUCCUAGACACAGAACCAUUGCUUAUCGGACAGGACCUACUGGACAGAUUGGCACCACUCAUUGACUGCCACCGUGGCCACAUUUGGGCUCAGGUUGACACACCUAAACCGCUCCACCCCACAGCUAGUGUGCUAGCCUCUAACAGCAACGUCGCUGUCAUUGAGUCCAGGAUGCCCCUGCCGAUGCUCAUGCCUCUUGUGGAUACCAGCUCUAGCUCUGGCCCCUCCACACCGCCGGCGUGCCCUCAGCCGCCGCAGUCUGAAAGUCCAACUUCUUUUCAAGAACACAGGUCUUCUGCUGUUCUGACUGCUGACAUGGCUUCUUCUUCUCCUGCUCUUUCUUGCCCGGUGUGUCAAAUGUUCAGUUAUGCCUCUGCCUCCUUUAGCGACAGUGGUAAUUGUAACAAAUGUAGCUUAUUUGCUGCGUUGGAGGCGAGGCUUAGUGAAUUAGAAGCGCGGCUCCGCACCAUGGAAAACCAUUCAGCAGCUGCGGUACUUAGCCAGUCCCCUGUAGCCGGUGCGGAGCCACAUAGCAUAGCCUUAGCCUCUGCUAACUGUCCUCCGGUAACUCCCGUUCAGCCGGGAGGUUGGGUCACGGUCCGCCAGAAGCACAGCUCCAAGCCAAAGCCCACGGCUCACCACCAGCCUGUUCACGUUUCCAACCGCUUUUCCCCACUCAGCGACACACCCGCUGAGGAUAAAACUCUGGUUAUUGGCAGCUCUAUUCUGAGAAACGUGAAGUUAGCAACACCAGCGGCCAUAGUCAAAUGUAUCCCUGGGGCCGGAGCGGGCGACAUUGAGUCAAAUUUAAAACUGCUGGCUAAAGCUAAACGUAGAUUCAGUAAGACUGUUAUUCAUGUCGGCGGCAAUGACACCCGGUUACGCCAAUCGGAGGUCACUAAAAUUAAUAUUGCUUCGGUGUGUGAAUACGCAAAAACGAUGUCGGACUCCGUAGUUUUCUCUGGACCCCUCCCAAAUCUGACCAGUGAUGAUAUGUUUAGCCGCAUGUCAUCAUUUAACCGCAGGCUGUCCAGGUGGUGUCCAGCAAACGAUGUGGGUUUUGUUAAUAAUUGGCAAACUUUCUGGGGAAAACCUGGUCUUAUUAGGAGAGACGGCAUUCAUCCCACUUUGGAUGGAGCUGCUCUCAUUUCUAGGAACCUGGCAAACUUUAUUAGUAAUUUAAAUCCCUGACAACCCAGAG